AGUACUAGAUGCAGAUACUUGGACAGAUCAAAGAAUGAUUCCAUUAGAAAACGUCCUGCGAUAUAUGAAGAAAAAGAUCCCUCCACUACGUGCAAAAGUCCUCUUUCUGGUUUUCGGAGAAUCUCAAUUAAAGGAUCCGAUGGUUGAAUUUGCGCGUGAGGCCUUUAUCCGUAUUUUCAAACAUCAAUGUAUAAUAAUAGGUGAGACCCCUGCAAUGUUAGAAAUCUUUGGCAAUGAAAUUUCUAGAAAAAUUGGAAACGAAAAGAUAAAUUCGUCUUUGUUUUCUGGCCUCUCCUGGUUUGAUAUCUCUAAGGUAUUUCGAAAAACUUUCUAGGAAAGUUCGGAUAAUAUAUGCAAACUGCCAAAUUCGUCAGGAACGUACGAAGAAUUAACACAAAAAGAAAAGGAAAAAUGGAAAGACAUUAACAUUCUUAGCAUGGAAGAAUGUGUUUAUGACGAAAAGCAAUUGAAAGCUGAUGAAAGAAAAAUUAAGCAAAAGGAAGAAGAAACAAAAUUUUAUCAGGGAAAGAAGGCUUCCUGGUGGAAUUUCUACUAUGGGCAUCAUGGAGAGAGAGAUCUUUUUAGUAAACUGAGAUCCUCAGUUGAAAGGAAAUUGACAAGGACAGACGGAAAAGUGCUAGUUGAAUCUGUGGAGGUGAGGCAUGAGCCUGGAGCUGGCGGAAGCAUAUUAGGCAGACAUUUAAUAUGGCAUUUUAGUCAAGCUCGGUGUAUUAGCGAACCGUUUAGGUGUUGUGUCGUAAAACAGAUCACAGAAAAUACUGUUGAAGAAAUAGAAAAGUUUCGACAAUACAAAGACUCAAAACCUAGACCUGUUAUAAUACUUCUAGAUGAUGAGCCAGAUGGUAACAUGUUUUUCCAAAAAGGUUUACAGCAGCUAGCCUACAAAACAGCAUCUCCUGGAGAACUGUUUGGCAUUGUAAUAAAUAUAUCUCGGGUUGCUUUGACAAAUGACCCUGUGGAAGAGGCUGAAGAUGGAAAAAUAGAAGUAAAAAACACUUUGAAACAUCGUUUGACAGAGAGGGAGAGAACUUGGUUUGAAAACAAAUACAAGGAAUUGGAAAAGUCAGAUGUUGAUGUUAGUACUCUGAUAGCAUUCAAUGUCAUGAGAAAUUCCUUUGACAAAGAAUAUAUCAAGUCUACGGUAGAGCAAAUAAUGAACGAAGUCUCACCAUCUGAAAUGAACAUUCUGAAGGUUCUCUCGUUGAUUUGCACUUAUGAGAUAGGUAUACUUGUUCCUGAGAGUAUAUUUGAUUCACUUGUAGGUAUACCAAUCAUGACAAAGCAGAAUAAGUUUGGAGAUGGAAAACCGUACGGAAUGCGAAGAAAGCAGGUAGUCAGAAACAGGCGACCUCCAGAAAUUUUGAGUUCUCAGUCUUUAAGUUUGUUUGCUUGCAGAUCUGGCUAUGAGGUAAGAAACAGAGGCUUGCGUAUAUUUUCCCAACCUCUUGCAGAGGUCAUUUUACGCUUUAUACAGGAAAAUCAGGCUUUGAGUCUUGAGGAUAUGAUGAUGUUUAUACUUAGCCAAACAGAGCGUCAUUGUUCAAAAGAUAACAGUGAGUCGGCACGCUUCGUCGAAGAAGUUUGUUCCUUAUUCAAAACGAGAGAAGACAGUGGAAAAGGAAAAGAUGGAGUGAAAGACAAAUUUUCGCGAUUAAUAGUUGCAUUCCUUGAUAAGCAAAAUACAAAUGAUAUAGAAGAAGGAAAAGCCAGUGUUGUGCGUGUCAUGCGCAAAUGCAUUGCAAUAACUGGAGAUGCGUUUGUUGGGCAACAGCUGGCUAGAUUUAACAUCAUUCACACAAAAGAUUUUGAAGCUGCUGAAGAGGCCAUCUGCGACUCUAUUGAGAUGUGUCAGAAUAAUUCCUAUUUGCUUGAUACCUAUGGGCAAGUAUUCAAAACAAAUAUGGAAUACAUUAAGGAAAUGAACUGCCAAGGUGGUAAAAAAAUUAGUGAUGACAAUGCAAAAGGCGUCAUUUCGUUAGCAUUUAAGGCUAUAGACAAAUUCAGUGAGGGACAGCUUACGAGAAAGAUCGGUGUAUUGAGCUGCUAUUUUAUGGAAGUUAGAACUUUGGUUGGACUCCUAGAAAUAUUCGAGUUAUUUGAAUGUUAUACAAACGAAGAUGACCUCAUAGAGAUCUUGACAAAUCCUGACAGAGACAUUGGUGGAUCUUUCUUGUCCGAUCUUAAUGAAAAUGGAAGUAUAGAACAAAUUAUUGUGGGUGGAAAAAGACAAGUCCAUGUUGCGGAUGCACUACGUUUUGUCGAAGAACGGAACUAUCAGGUUAAAAAGAUCUACACAAUAUACACUACAGAAGACGUUCUUUUGUUGAGUCUCCGAGAGAGAUAUGAAAGGUUUUAUAGAAGUCACGGUUUGAAAUACCAACUGAAGUUUGGAUACGGACUGAAACCUUUAAUGAGGGCGUUUAAAUCAAAGGAUAGGCUUGUGGCGAUGAGAUAUUUAGAAGCCGAGCGAAAUCUUAAUCAGUUAAGACCAGAAAAUGCAGAUACAAGGGAUCUUCUGUUUUUCAUUGGUUUCCGUUUUAUGGAACUUUUGACGACGGGCUCUGCCAUUGAUGAAGGCCUAUAUCGCCAGUUGCUGAGUUAUACCGCAAAACUACUUGAUACCCAGACGCAAAACGAUGUCAAACGAUCGUACUUAGAAGCCUUUUUAUUUUAUUCCAUAUUUCAUUGGCCAUCAGGAAAGCGGUUUAAAUUCAAGAAUUUGUCGUCGCCGAACACCUAUAUCCGUGUACUGGAACUAUGGGAACAGUCAUAUCAAAAAAACAAUUAUAUUUCAAACCGAGAACAAAUGAAAGCCAAUAAAGGCAAAACUUACUUUGCACUUAGCAAAGGUCACCUCGGUGUAAUUGAUUUGUUUGAAAUCGAGAUGAAAUGGCAUGAGAAAAAAGAAAAGGAAGAAGGAAUAUCUCGUAUGUAUCUCUACAAAGACUAUUUCUGGCGGGAACCAUUUGUUGCAGACAAGCUUGAGAGGCUAACUGGCACGCUUGAUGACUCUGGAACAGUUAUAAAGCAUGUGGUUAAAUAUCCAAAAGGUGAUCAUCUUUUCAAGAUAAAAGCAUUUUACCCGUCUGCACAGCUUCGAAAUCGCCAGGUGACGUUUGUGCUUGCGUUCACAUGGAGCGGGCUAAGGGCAUUCGAUGUCGUUGAAAAAUGUGAGGAAUUGUCCGGCAGUGGAGGUGAUGAUAACGUGGAUACGCCUGAGGAGUCUGAGGCUACAGUACAUGUUAAACCAAGGGAAAUAGACUAUACCCUUUACCAACGCAAAAGUUCUUCAGAAAACGACAUGUCAAAUAGGUCAAGAAAAACACACGCCCUUAGAGGUUUGUCGAAUUCUGAAGGAGAAUCAAAGAAUGCUAAACAAUCAACAAGAAGUGAGGUCUGGUCUGUGAGCUUUCCAUUGGAACACUCUCGUAAUUCUGGAGAUGCGGUCCUAUGCAGCAUUCAAGACUCGGUCCCUAAAUUGCCAAGGAAUAGAAAUACUAAAGACGAGCACUAUAUUGCGGAUACACAGCCGCAGUUGAAGACUUCAUGGUGUGAUCAACCUUCUGAUAUCUCUGUGAAAGCUCAGACUAGUGAUAUUCGAGGAGUAGUCGUGACUUCUGUUAAAAUCUCUUCUACAAAUGAGCCUGAUAAUGUCUUGGAAAAUGUACGUAAUCGAGGCAACAGAUCAUCCAAUUCGAAACAACACCUGGAUUAUGCUACCGUAGCCUCGAAAGGUACUACUCGGCAGGUACAUCCGUUGUCUGAAAGACAACUUCCAGCGUCCUCUUUUCCGAGGGAAGCUGUGAGACCGAAAGAGCCCAAUGAGCAGUUUGGAUUGUUCAAAGAAAAACCUGAUUCGGCAUUACAUCAUAUAUCUCAAGACAGUGAUUACUGGGAACAGUUACAAAAAGAAGCUAUGGAUUUCGUCAGUAUGCCACAGGACGCGUGCGCCGGUGUUGGUAACUUGGAUUCAAUUUCUGAGCAUAGCCAACAUCCAACUUUAGAAGGUGCAACAAGAAUACAAAAUAUCAAAGAUGCAGAAGUACCAUAUACGAUCCCUGAAAACAGUGAUUGGGAAACUGCUGUGAAAAAGAAGAAGAAAAAGAAGAAGAAGAAAAGCACUGGUGACAAAAAAGAUGAUACCGGAAAACAAUAUUUUGAGGAAUUAGACUAAAGUAAUGUACAAAGCAAACUGGAUGUUACAUGUAUGUAGGAAGUGAACAGGUGUAUAUAAAAAGAAAUACUUCAUGUCAGUUUACAGUGAUAUUAAGAUAAAAAUAAUUAUUUAUGAACAUUAAACAAUUUAUGUUUUUGAUAUUUUUAUUACAUCUUCUUGAAAAAAACUGUUUUUACCAGAUUUAGCCAUAUUUUGUGACGUUAUAAAGAUCACUCAUUUCAUGAAGUAAGCACUGUUGUUAUAAGCCAGGUAGAAUUUUAAUGUACAUGUCUUGGUUUUAUGAACCGACUCGGUCAAACUGAGGCGCCUGUCAUUUUGCUGGGAUGCUUGCAAUGCUUCCAAAAGAUCUGCGUACAGAUUUUUGUAACUCUUAAGUUCUUAGUCUUGAUGAAAUCACAAUAAGAUUGAAACGGAAGUGCUGGAAUGCUUUUUAUGUUGUUUUUGAUUGUUUGCAAGAAAGCAGCUAGGUAUUUGAUAUAUGUUUACAUAGAGACAUGACAAAACUACUAUGACAGCUUUCCCGGUGUGAUUUAGAAAAAUGUUGUAAUUAAUAACUGCAUUAAUGCGUUUUAAGUAUUGCAUAUGUCUAGCCAUACAAUAAGCAAAGACUGGUCUUUAUUUGUUAAUGAAGUACCGUUAUAUGCAUGUUUAUAACAAGAAGCAAAGUUAUCCUCAUUUUCUCUGACUGAAUGUUUUAAGAUCUUUUGUUUAAUUGUCUUUUUUGUGUAACAAGAAAUGUCUUUCUUAUUAUAAUUAUGUUAAUUAUGUUCAAGUUUAGACGCCCAUUUUGAAGAACUGUUUGUGAAAAUGUUCCGUUUCCGGACUCUUAAUUUAGAAAGUGUUAUACCAACAGUUUUCAAGCCCGACCGCUUAGCUUAAUUGGGAGAACCCUUAUCUACGGAUCGCAGGGUCGUGAGUUCGAUCCCCGGGCGAGGUGUAUGUUCUCCGUGACGAUUUGUUAAAAGACACUGUGUCUGAAAUAAUUCGUCUUCCACUGCUAAUUCAUGCGGGGUAUUUGGCAGUUACUUGUGGAAAACAGGUUUGUACUGGUACAGGAACACUGGUAAGGUUAAUUGCCCGCUGGUAUAUAACGUAAAUACUGUUGAAAAUCUGCGCUUAACCCAAAGCUUACAAACAAAACCUACAGUUUUAAAAGUUAACAGAUGACUAGGCAAAACUUGAACAGGGUCUCAAUUAGGCCAUAUGUCAAGAAGCCAUUGCCCUUAAUAUUGUACAUAGUUUCCCGACUCUUAAGUCGUAAAAUAUGUAAUUUAUGGCUUAUGAAAUUGUAAGUCACUAAGUAUCACUAGAGGAAGAUUCCUAUUAUCCUUUGGUCAGUGGCUCAAAGAUUAAGGACACGUUGACACACCUAACUUCUGUUUUUUCCGUUCCGAGCUUUAACUCAGAAAAUAGUUUUCUAACUUGAGAAUACUCACUGUGUUAUGGGGUGCGGGUCAAAGGUCGAUGUCACAGUGACCUGGAGAUAUGAAAAAAAUUCAUGGGUCUAAAUUAUAUCGUGUAACAGCUUUAAUGACUUUUACAGAUCGCUGCAUUCCACAAGAGGGAGAUAUUUUUUUCCUCUUUUUUUUUGUCGGUGGCUUAAAAUGUCAAUGUCACGGGGACCCGACCUAACUUUUGAUAUGUGUUUUUGUUUAGGUGUUCUAAGUCAGAAAGUUUAACACUUACUAAGGCCACUUAAAUAGAAUCCCUAUUGUUUUUGUCUGACCAGUAGGUCAAAGGUCACGGUCAUAGUGACCUCGAUACUAAAAAUGGACUCUGCAUUGUAAGUCAUAGAGAAUUAUGGCUAUAGCUUGCAAAAGGUUUCACAAUGACUUAGUACCAUCAGGAAAAGGUCCUUGUUUUUUUAGCGUCAGUGCCUGAAGGGUCAAGGUCUAGGGUACCUGACUUAGGUUUUCCUUUUAUUUUGUUUUCUUCUGUUUUUGUUUCCAGAGUCUUAAGCUAGAAUAUAUAACAACAACAGCAACUUUCAAUCUUGACAUGAUGACUUGGCGCCAACGUCGGAAGAUCCCAGUUGUUUUAUGGUCAUUAGGGUUAAGGUCAAGAUUGCAGGGAUACCCCGUAUCUCUUUCUUUCAACUAAGUGUCUCAUUCCCUACACCUACAUCCUUGUCCCCACUUUUCGCCCCUGUAAUUUACGUUUUUACUUUCAGUUCAGCUUCUUAGUAUUGUGUGUUAUUAUCCCUCAUCCACAUCGAUAUGUAUUAAGUUUGUUCUAACAGAAUUAUCUAAAAUAUAUAAUAUAUCAAAAUAUGUGAUGUUUUUACAUCAUUAUAUUUUAUGGCAACUAUUUAACAAAAGGUGUUUCAAUAUAAAAGAUUUUUGUCAUAUAAAAUACAACAAAAAUUCAGAAUAGACAAUUUGAAAGUGAUUUAAAUAUUUGUAUAUAGUUGACAUAUAUGCUUUGCAACAUAAAAGAAGGCAUCUUGAUUCAAACAUAGAUUUCAGCCCGCCCGCUUAGCUCAGUAGGUAAGAGCGUUGGUCUACGGACCUCUGGGUCGCGAGUUUGUACUGGUACAGAAUCCAGGAACACUGGUUAGGUUAACUACCCGCCGUUACAUGACUGGAAUACUGUUGGAAAACGGCGUUAAACUCAAAACAAACAAAUCAAAAGUAGAUUUCGAUUAAGAAGUGCAAAAUUGAGCUUUUAGAUGAUCAUAUUCACAUUACUACAGUAAUUAUAUGUGUAAAUAUGCUUUUUGUAGACUAAUACUACUAAUGUUUACAUCCUUGUAGAUGUAUGCUGUAAAAUACUUUUUACAACAUUUAUUGUAAUUUACUGUAGCUGAUAUUUAUGUUUGUUUUAUCACUAUAUUUUAUGUGAAUUGUAAUUGAUGCCUAUGUAUAUAUUUACAGUAUGGAGAUCAGACAAAAACUUACUUUAACUGAAGUGUAUAGUUACCUAUCAUUUGUAAUAUUUUUUCAAAAUUAGCUGCUAGUAAAAUGCAUAUAGAUAAGGAGAUGAUAUUUUAUGUUCAUAUUUUGCUAUAUUUCCGGGUAUUUUAUGCUACUUUUUAUUCAGUAAAGUGUCUUUGAAAUCAUUCUGACUCAUAAUGGCAAGUAUCAGACUUUAAUUUAAAAUGGAUAUUUAUCAUUUUUAGGUCGUUGAAGUAGGAUACUAACUACUAAUCAUUUAAUAUUUUACACGUUGUUGGUGAUUAGUGAAAAUUGUUUAGUCCAAGUUUUCAGUACAUUAUUUAUAUUAAAAAGGAAAACAAGCACUCUGCAAUGGUCUCUUUUGUUUUACUAUAGAACCUUUAAGACACCAGCAAUGAGCGUAUUUUCUGCACGUUUUGUAAGAUUGUUCAAACAUUGCCAUAUGUAAUUCAGUUCAAUUACUACGUAAAUAAAUAUUUAUCUCAUAUUUCAUUAUAAACACAUGUAUUAUAUUCUAUUGUGCUAUUUAAUUGACCUGUCAAAACAUGUUCCCGACUUUCAUGUUAAUCUUAUAUAGGCUCGAACAGAAUAUAAUAAAAGCCGGGUCCAUAUUUUGACAGGUCAAAUAAAUUGGACAAUACUCCCGCACGAUAAUUUAAACGACAGCAUGUUUAUAUUAUUGUUUGAUUGUUAUGGUUCUCAUGCAUCGUUGAACUCAAAAAGGUUGUCAGUGAUAGAAGUUAAGUGCAUGUUAAUGUUAUACAAAAUUGUUUUGAAACGUUUUAAUGAAGAAAAAUCAUAAUUAUCGAACAUGUUACCGUUUGAGUUAUCGUACGGGAUUCAUAUAUAGCAUAACGCAAGUCAGUGUAAUAAAAAUACUAAUUGUAUUGUUUGAAUACUAGAAUGUCAAUAGAUAUGCGUCAGUAAUGCAUAUUGAUAACGAAUUUGCCAUGUUUUGCAAAUUGUUUUAUAUACUAGUAGUUGGUUGACCGAGUACGAUAAAUAAAAACAAUAUUUGAAAUAUUAA